CGUGCGCGCCUCUCUCCCUUUCUCUACCUCUCUCUCUCCGGAUGAUGCUGUCAGAGAUUUCAGCGCUCGCGCGGUCACCGACAGGACUCCCAGUUGACAAAUCUGGUAGGAAAAUGCUUGAUUAUCGUUUCAGUCACUAAUGAGGAGAGACUGUCUUUCUUAAACCAGCAUUUUUGCGUCUCUUUAUUUGUGCCAAUGCCAAGGAGUGCUUUCUGAGGGACUACUAUGGAGGAGCAAGCCAAGAAAGGCGGCAGAGGAUUGUGAACGGUUUGGGUGAAAGCUUGUCAGCUUUGCGACGAUAUUUAAGAGGCAACAGGCAUGGAUAUACAGUAAACGCAGGUAAACCACUGGAUGCAGCUGCCUCUCAGAUUUUUAGUCGGUUACACCAUUUCCAGUUGAAGGACGUUUAUAAUUUCAGCCAAAAUGGCUCAUCUAAUACGACACAAGCUCACCAACAAGCUGACCAAUGCGGCCCACACAGUAUCCAACAAAUCUCAGGCCAAGGUCAGUGGGGUGUUCGCCCGACUGGGCUUCCAGGCCGCCACGGACGAGGAGGGCUUGGGUUUCGCGGAGUGCGAUGACUUGGAUUAUGACUACAGGCAAGGGAUGCAAAUGGAUGUCCUUCAGGGCGAAGACGAAGGGGGGCACACGGAGGGAGGGGGGGAGCUGGAAGGAGACAGCCACUAUCAGAGGGACGGCACCGGCCGAAGGCCUUCGUCCCUGAAGCCAGGCGGCUCGCUGGACGAAGAUAAGCCCAAAAUCACCUCAUGGGAAGCUGGCUGGAACGUCACCAAUGCCAUUCAGGGCAUGUUCGUCCUCGGCCUGCCGUACGCCAUCCUCCACGGCGGCUACCUCGGUCUCUUCCUCAUUAUCUUCGCGGCUGUGGUGUGCUGCUAUACCGGGAAAAUUCUUAUCGCGUGUCUGUACGAAGAAAACGAGGACGGUAUAAAAGUGCGCGUGAGGGACUCCUACGUGGACAUCGCCAAUGCCUGCUGUGCGCCUCGCUUUCCAGCACUGGGCGGGCACGUUGUGAACGUGGCUCAGAUCAUCGAACUGAUUAUGACAUGUAUUCUGUAUGUAGUGGUCAGCGGCAACCUGAUGUACAACAGUUUCCCGGGAUUCCCUGUGUCCCAGAAGGCCUGGUCCGUGGUUGCCACGGUCGCGCUCAUACCUUGCGCGUUUCUGAAAAACCUUAAAGCUGUGUCAAAGUUCAGUUUGCUCUGCACCCUUGCGCACUUCAUCAUCAACAUCCUCGUGAUUGCGUAUUGUCUCUCUAGGGCAAGGGAGUGGGCAUGGGAGAAGGUCAAGUUUUAUAUUGAUGUGAAGAAAUUCCCAAUUUCAAUUGGCAUCAUUGUAUUCAGCUACACCUCCCAGAUUUUCCUCCCAUCCUUAGAGGGAAACAUGCAGAGGCCCAGCGAGUUUCACUGCAUGAUGGAGUGGACCCACAUUGCAGCCUGUGUCCUCAAAGGCCUCUUUGCCCUGGUGGCCUACUUGACUUGGGCAGACGCCACCAAAGAGGUCAUCACAGACAACCUGCCUUCAACCAUCCGGGCUGUGGUGAACAUCUUCCUCGUAGCCAAGGCCCUGUUAUCUUACCCUCUGCCAUUCUUUGCUGCCGUUGAGGUUCUUGAGAAGUCAUUGUUCCAGGACGGUGGGAGGGCCCUCUUUCCUGACUGCUAUGGCCCAGGCGGACAGUUGAAAUCGUGGGGUCUUGGCCUCCGAAUUGGCCUUGUAGUCUUCACCCUACUUAUGGCUGUUUUUGUCCCCCAUUUUGCCCUGCUAAUGGGUUUAACAGGGAGCCUGACCGGUGCUGGCCUGUGCUUUCUCCUGCCAAGCCUCUUCCACUUGAAGCUCCAGUGGAGGAAUCUCAUGUGGCACCAUGUCUUCUUUGACGUUGCUAUCUUUGUCAUUGGAGGCAUAUGUGCCAUUUCUGGCUUUAUUCACUCAAUUGAAGGUCUCAUAGAGGCAUUCAAGUACAAUAUCCAGGACUGAGAGAUUCAGGAAUGACCUUUAUUAUAUGGUAAUGUCCUAAAAUGUUGCACUCCUGCAAGUUGCCAUGACACAGAUCAUAUCAAAACAUCAUGUUGACCACUUGACAUAGAAACUCAUGAGAAGGAUUAUUUGUGUGAAAUGUAGCCUACAUCUUUUUAUUUUGCCUUCGUGAUAAUGUGCAAUACUAAACUCUACAAUCAUUGUGUAAAGUAGUCAACUCAUUCCAGAAAACAUGUUUUAUCAAACAGACUGAGGGAAACAACCUCUGCAUGAAUGGAGGUGAUGAACAUGCAGACAUUAACAUGCCUGCCAAGGUGUGAGUCUUCAUGCAAAGUUGUCAAAGAUCCAGUGAAAUGUUCGCCAUGGGUCUAACUGUGAGUGUGUUCGUGUUUAUAUCAGGGGAAUGAAAUAUGUGAUAAACAAUGGUGUGAAUAUGUUAUAUGGUGUUUGAGCUGCUAAAUAUAUCAAUAAUCCCACUUCAGAGAAAAUACAAAAAGGGGACCUGUCAAAACUGCAGAUGGUGUUUUUUUUUUUUAAUAAACAACAAAUUACUGGUGUGUAGUUGUUAAAAACAAAAUUCUUUCUCAGUUUUAUUGUGUUUUAUUUCCAUUGUAUUUGCCUAUAGUUGUCCUUGUUGGCUCGUUUGUUUUCUUGAUGUUUCAAGUGUCAUUCUGGUUAGUGAAUUCAAAGUGCAAGCAAGUUGGUCCUAAUUGUGUAAUAAUGAAAAUCGUCUAUCAAUAAUAUUCUCUUCCUAUUGAACUUGUUAAUUGUGAUUUAAUGGAACUUAUAAUGAUGUGUGAGAUGAAGAGUAUUUGUUGAAUUAAGAGAUAA